GUUUGCUGGUGGCAUCCUCUUGUCCACUGUCUACGAGCAGCUUGUGGCUGUUUCCGGACCCGCGGAAGCUCUAUCAUGGUGGGUGCAGACAGUGCCCUCCAUCGACGGCUUCUUCGUUGUCCCGUCUCUGGCGAUAGCCAUGAUCUCCGGUGUUCGAAAAACCAAGGACAAAUAUGGAUCACUGCAGCGAAGUCCGAAGCACGUGAUGCUUACUUUGCGGCUACUUCUGGGUUUCGGCCUUUGGUGGGGCUUCUUCGACCGGACGAGCCAGAUGAAGGCCGCCGAGUGCCCAGACGCGGAGUGCAUCCGGGCUGUUCUCCUGUCCCGGUUCACUACGAACAUCGUUUCCUGCAUGCUGGUCGUGGCGAUCUUUGCCACGAUGGCACUCAAACCUGGCCUCCCAUGA